AUGGAAAAUGCUACUAGUAAUUGUAAUGGUAAAAUUUUGAUUUUUUGGAGCAGUGAUAUUUACUGUAAUAUUCUUGAUGAAGAUGAACAGCAAAUCACUUUCAACAUGAAACACAAUGAAUUACAAUACCAAUUUACUAGUAUUUUUAAUUAUGCUAAAUGCAAAGAUCACCUCAGGAGACCUUUUAGGGACAAGAUGAUUAAACAAGACACUUUGAAUGACAACCCUUGGUGUACUGUAGGUGAUUUCAAUGUUAUAACUUCUGUGGAGGAAAAACUUGGAGGGCUGCCUUAUAACAUGAGGAAAAGUAUGGAUUUUAUAGCUGUCAUUGAAGCCUGUGGCCUUUUGGACAUUGGCUUUUGUGGUCAUAAAUUCACAUGGUCCAACAAGAGGGGUAUUAAUCACAGAAUUGGGAAGAGGCUUGACAGGGCUAUGGUAAUGAUUCAUGGUUGGAAAAGAUGCCUCAAACCACUAUAA